UCGAGCGCGCAGCGGCUGUAGCACUGGGCACGAGGCAGGAGGCCGGGAAGACUCGAGCAGCGGCCGUGAGAUCAUCGUCGUCGCCGCCGCCGCCAUGGCGUCCAUGUCACUAGCACCUGUGAACAUUUUCAAGGCUGGCGCUGAUGAAGAGAGAGCAGAAACAGCUCGUUUGUCAUCCUUUGUUGGAGCUAUUGCCAUUGGAGACCUAGUUAAGAGCACUUUGGGGCCUAAAGGCAUGGACAAGAUUCUUCUGAGUACUGGAAGAGAAGGCACGGUGACAGUAACUAAUGAUGGGGCAACGAUCUUAAAAGCUAUUGGAGUUGACAACCCUGCAGCCAAGGUUUUGGUUGAUAUGUCCAAGGUUCAAGAUGAUGAAGUUGGUGAUGGAACUACUUCAGUAACAGUUCUAGCAGCUGAAUUGCUAAGGGAGGCUGAAUUAUUGAUUGCAAGAAAGAUCCAUCCUCAAACCAUUAUUGCAGGCUGGAGAGAAGCCACAAAAGCGGCAAGACAAGCCUUGGUGAAAUCUGCUGUGGAUCAUGGUGGAAAUGAAGCAAAAUUUCAUAAAGAUUUGAUGAACAUUGCAGAAACAACACUCUCUUCAAAACUGCUUACUCAUCAUAAAGAUCACUUUGCAAAACUUGCAGUGGAUGCUGUCCUUAGGCUGAAGGGAUCUGGUAACCUGGAAGCUAUUCAUGUCAUCAAGAAGCUAGGAGGAAGUCUAAUUGACUCUUACUUGGAUGAAGGUUUUCUGUUGGAUAAAAAAAUUGGAGUCAACCAGCCAAAAAGAAUUGAGAAUGCAAAGAUACUUAUUGCAAAUACUGGCAUGGAUACUGAUAAAAUUAAGAUAUUUGGCUCCCGUGUAAGAGUGGAUUCCACAGCAAAGGUAGCAGAAAUUGAACAAGCAGAAAAAGAGAAAAUGAAGGAGAAGGUUGAGCGUAUUCUGAAGCAUGGGAUAAACUGUUUUAUCAACAGGCAACUGAUCUAUAACUACCCAGAACAGAUGUUUGCUGCUGCUGGUGUGAUGGCAAUUGAACAUGCAGAUUUUGCUGGAGUUGAACGUCUGGCUCUUGUCACGGGUGGUGAAAUUGCUUCAACUUUUGAGCAUCCAGAAUUAGUAAAGCUAGGAAGCUGCAAGCUGAUUGAAGAAGUCAUGAUUGGUGAAGAUAAACUUAUUCAUUUCUCUGGAGUUGCUAUGGGUGAAGCUUGCACUGUAGUUCUGCGUGGUGCAACACAGCAGAUCAUAGACGAGGCAGAAAGAUCUCUGCAUGAUGCACUGUGUGUUCUUGCCCAGACUGUGAAGGAUACUAGAACUGUGUAUGGAGGAGGCUGUUCGGAGAUGCUGAUGGCUAAUGCUGUGUGGGAGCUUGCAAAAAGGACACCUGGCAAAGAAUCAUUGGCAAUGGAGUCAUUUGCUAAAGCCUUGAGUACGCUUCCAAUGAUCAUAGCUGAAAAUGCUGGGUAUGACAGUGCAGAUCUGGUUUCCCAGCUUCGAGCUGCUCACAUUGAAGGGAAAUCUACUUAUGGACUAGACAUGAAGGAGGCAGCCAUUGCAGACAUGGCAAGUCUGGGCGUAGUUGAAAGCUUCCAAGUGAAACGGCAAGUUUUGCUGAGUGCUGCAGAAGCAGCAGAAGUAAUUCUCCGAGUCGAUGACAUUAUUAAAGCAGCUCCAAGGAAACGAGUACCAGAUCGUUACCCUUGUUGAGUAUUCUAUGGUCAAUAAGAACAAGUGGACCGGAAGUUUGCAAAAUACUUCAGUGUGUGCUUCUAACAGAUUACAGAGUAAAGGGAUGGCAUAUCUAGCACUAGCAUGUGAUUAGACUUUUUUGAUUUAACUUAUAUUGUUUUAAAAAGACCAAAACAUUCUCAGUUGUAUAACAUCUAUAUUUACCCACCAUUCCUUUUCUGUACUACCCUAUAAUAAACAUUUCAAAUAUA